AUGCGGAUCAACGGAGUAGCAGACGGCCCCAAUCCCACCAUUUCUCUCUCGCUACGGGACAACCACGACCACUGGGUGCUCCUAGACCCCGCCAAGCAAGCCCUGUACCUCAACAGCACCGGACGCCUCCUGGAUAGAGACCCGCCUUCGUUACUCCAGUCCAUCGUGGUUCAGGUCCAGUGUUACAACAGACUGAUCGGGACCGUUAUUCUGCACGAGGUCCGGAUUGUGGUACGAGACAAGAAUGACAACGCGCCUGUGUUCCAGAAGCCCAGAUACUACAAGGCCAUCAGUGAGCUGACACCAGUGGGAACCACCGUUUUCUCUGAUUUCUGGGGGAAGAACGGAGCGAUGGACAUUGACGAUGGACCCAACGGACAGAUAGAAUACACCAUCCAGUACAACAACUCUGACCCGAGCACCCGGACGUUCGACAUCCCUCUCACUCUGUUCGGAUCCGUGGUGCUACGAGAGAGACUCAACUACGAAGAGGUCACGCGCUACUUGAUCGUCAUCCAGGCCAAUGUGAGUAAAAAACUAAAACGCUAA